CAUCAUCAUCACCAUUGCCCAUUUAUCUGCUUUUUCCAGGGAGUGCACUGGAAGCAGGCGGGAUCUGACUAGGCUGGAGAAGAUACGGGAAUAGGAUGCUGAGCUAGGAAGGACAACUCUCCCCUGCAGUCUUUGUCCUGAUGCUGAGAAUCUGGUGACUGGACCUGUGAUCUCUGCAGGCAAACUGAAAUUGACGUUGUCUUCUCAGCCUCCACUCCUGAGGGGCUCAGAGAUGGAGGCCCCGUUGGUGUCCCUGGACGAGGAGUUUGAAGAUGUCAGAUCUUACUCUGAGGAUAGGGAAGACAAGUCGAGGAACAUCUAUAUGUCACCUUCCCGGCAUCUGGAGGAUGCAUCCCUUUCUGAGCUAGAAAACUUCAGCUCUGAGAUUAUUAGCUUCAAGUCUAUGGAAGAUCUUGUCAAUGAGUUUGAUGAAAAGCUGAAUGUUUGCUUUCGAAAUUAUAAUGCCAAAACAGAAAACUUGGCUCCUGUGAAGAAUCAUCUGCAGAUUCAGGAGGAGGAAGAACGACUCAGAGAUGAGGAAGUCUGGGACGCCCUCACUGACAACUACAAUACAUUAAAUGGCGAAAAAUGGAGAGAGGAGAGUGAAGAGUUGCUCAAUGGUAACCUGUCCGACACAGAGUUCCAUGAGAAAGAGGAGGAAGAACUGAAUGAGAAGAGUGAGAAUGAUUCUGGUAUUAAUGAGGACCCCCUGUUAACCGCUGACCAGGUGAUUGAGGAGAUUGAGGAGAUGAUGCAAAACUCUCCAGACCCUGAGGAAGAACUGGAUGAAGAGGAUAAUGACCUUGAAGAGAUUUCAUCUCGUUCUGACACUGUUCUCCUCCAGGAAAUGCAGGCCCUGAGUCAGAACUUCAAUAAUAACUGGACAGUGGAGGCAGGUGUGGAGCACUUGAGCAUUGAGGAGCUGACGCAGUUACUAGAGCGAGUGGAGCACGCAAUCUGUGACUAUUCUGAAGAGCUGGUUCAGCAUCUUGCUCGACGGGAUGAGUUGGAGUUUGAAAAGGAAGUCAAGAAUUCCUUCAUCACUGCUCUCCUGGAGGUCCAGAACAAGCAGAAGGAACACAGAGAGCUGGUGAAGAAGAGGAGGAAAGAGAAGGGCCUCAGUCUGCAGAGCACCCGCACCGAGAGAAAUGGCCAGAUGCCCAUGAAGCGCUUCAGCAUGGAAGGGAUCUCCAAUAUUCUUCAGACUGGAAUCAGACAAACAUUUGGUAAUUCAGGGAAUGAGAAGCAGUAUCUGAAUACAGUCAUCCCAUAUGAGAAGAAAGCCACACCCCCGACUGUUGAGGACCUGCAGAUGCUGACAAAUAUAUUGUUUGCUAUGAAAGAAGACAGUGAGAAGGUCCCUAUGCUAUUAACGGACUACAUUUUAAAAGUGCUCUGCCCAACCUAACAUGCGCCAUCAAGAUGGCGGAUCAGGGAGAACAUUUGUGUCACAUCAGGACUGCAUGACAUAACAUUUAAAUUUGCAUUGAAUUAAUCAGAAUUACAGCCCGGUAUUGAUUAUUACCUAUUGCUUUCUCAUCAAUUUAACCACAGUGUUCUCAGAGAAACAUGGAUAUAUUGUGUUACCCAUGAACUUUUUGGUUAGUUUUCUACCAAGAUUUCUGCCCCCUGCUGGCAAUCAGUAGCAGUCAGAUGCCUUGUGGUAGAACUCUACCUACUUCAUGAUCAAGAUAAAGUGGAAUUUUGGGCAAUCGUUUUGCUAUGUACAGAUGUGUAAUUCUAUGUACUAGUAAAGGUGAUGAAUUACUACCAGUACCUUACUCUGUGAGGUGGAGGAAUGAUGGCAGCAUGGUGCAGCAGAUAAUGGAUCCACAUUGGAUCCCUUGUGAUAUAACUCAUCUGUAGUAUUGUAAGUGGCCACUCGCUGCCAAGACCUUCAGGGCAUUUACCUGUAACAGUGUUUUUGGGUGUCUGCUCCUUGUACCUACUACUUAUUUUGGCCACAUCAGCAGUUUUUUUCCUCUCAUUAUACUAUGGAGAUAUUCACUUGUUUAUGUAACAUGUUGAGGGAUUCUGGGUCGUGUGUAGCAGUUGAUUUCUUUGCCAACAAAUAGCUUUAAUGGUGGGUCCCUGUACCCGAUGAGUGUCCCCGGAAGUACUACCCUUCUCUGAUUUAUCAUCUCCAGACAGGAGGGGGCGAUAUCUGACACGUGGAGGUCUCUGUACAUUGUAGUGUGUUAGAAAGUGUCUUGCCAUGUAUUAGAUGAUAUGAAAUAAACCUCAUGUAGUGAA